UGUGUUGGCGGGAGUUUCCAGCAUGGCCGUGCAACCUAAGGAAAAGCUGUCUAUGGACAGCGGGACCGAGAGCGGCUUCAUCCACUUCUAUUACCAUAUGCCCAAAAAGCCGGAGACGACAGUGCGAGUGUUUGACCGGAGCGAUUACUACACAGUGCACGGCAGCGAUGCGCUCUUUGCGGCCAAAGAGGUUUUCAAGACCAAUGGGGUCAUCAAGUACUUGGGAUCAGGAAACAAAAAAUUGGAAUCGGUCGUUCUCAGUAAAAUGAACUUUGAAUCUGUUGUGAAGGAUCUGCUUCUUGUCCGUCAGUAUCGAGUAGAAGUGUAUAAAAAUAAAUCUGGAUGCAAAUCAUCUAAUGAGUGGCACUUGGCUUUCAAGGCAUCACCAGGAAACCUCACGCAGUUCGAAGAGAUUCUAUUUGGAAAUAAUAAUAUGUCUACAGCCGUUGGGGUGGUGGGCAUCAAAUUGGUCGUUGUUGAUGGACAGAGAUUGGUCGGCGUCGGUUAUGUGGACUCGACUCUGAGAAAGCUCGGCGUGUGCGAAUUCCCGGAUAACGACCAGUUCUCCAACCUGGAAGCUUUGCUGGUUCAGAUCGGGCCAAAGGAAUGUGUGAUGCCCGGAGGAGAGGUGGCUGGAGACAUGGCCAAAGUGCGGCAGAUUGUUCGGAGAGGAGGCGUUCUGAUUACCGACAGAAAAAAAGCUGAAUUUACCACGAAAGACAGUGUGCAGGAUCUGAACCGCUUGCUGAAAUCGAAAAAGGGAGAGCAGGUCACCAGCGCUGCGUUACCCGAGAUGGAAAAACAGGUCGCCAUGUCCUCGCUGUCUGCAGUCGUGAAGUAUCUGGAGCUCUUGUCUGAUGAGUCUAAUUUUGGACAAUUCCAGUUGACCAGCUUUGACCUCAGUCAGUACAUGAAGCUGGAUAACGCCGCUGUUGGUGCAUUAAACCUUUUCCAGGGGUCCGCAGAAGAUACCAGUGGGACGCAGUCUUUAGCCGGACUGUUAAAUAAGUGCAAAACCCCCCAAGGACAAAGGCUGGUAAAUCAGUGGAUCAAACAGCCUCUCAUGGACAAGAACAAGAUUGAGGAAAGGUUAGACUUGGUGGAAGCGUUUGUGACGGAUGCAGAACUCAGGCAGUGUCUUCAGGAAGAUCUACUUCGACGUUUCCCGGAUCUCAGUCGCUUGGCAAAGAAGUUCCAGAGACAGACUGCGAACCUCCAGGAUUGCUACAGACUUUAUCAGGCGGUUAACCACCUGCCUGGUGUUACCGACGCUCUAGAGAAAUACGACGGCUCCCAUCAGAUGCUGCUUCUGGCGGCGUUCGUGACUCCUCUCUCUGAUCUGGUGACCGAUUUUUCCAAGUUUCAAGAAAUGAUUGAAACGACCUUGGACAUGGAUCAGGUGGAAAAUCAUGAAUUCCUUGUAAAGGCUUCUUUUGAUCCUAACCUGACAGAGCUAAGAGAAAAGAUGGAUGAGCUGGAAAAGAACAUGCAGUCGACCCUGAACAGUGCAGCCAGAGAACUUGGUCUGGAUGCAGGUAAAAGCAUAAAACUGGAAUCCAAUGCUCAACUUGGUCAUUAUUUCCGAGUUACUUGCAAGGAAGAGAAAGCUCUACGUAACAACAAGAAGUUUACUACCAUUGACAUUCAGAAAAAUGGUGUGAGAUUUACAAACAGCAAGUUGAGUUCCUUCAAUGAAGAGUACAUAAGAAACAGGGAAGAAUAUGAAGAGGCCCAGAAUGCCAUUGUUAAGGAGAUCAUUAACAUCUCUUCUGGCUAUGUGGAUCCAAUUCAGACUCUGAACGAUGUAAUUGCCCAGUUGGACGCAGUUGUGAGCUUUGCUUAUGUUUCUAAUGGAGCACCGGUACCGUAUGUUCGCCCGGUCAUCUUGGAGAAAGGACAGGGACGGAUUGUGCUGAAAUCUGCCAGGCACCCGUGUAUUGAAGUGCAAGACGAUGUUGCGUUCAUUCCUAACGAUAUCAUAUUUAAAAAAAAGAAGCAGAUGUUUCAUAUCAUCACCGGUCCUAACAUGGGAGGCAAAUCCACCUAUAUCCGGCAGACCGGUGUGAUCGUACUAAUGGCUCAGAUUGGCUGCUUUGUACCAUGUGACUCUGCAGAGAUUAGCAUCGUGGACUGCAUACUUGCACGAGUUGGAGCUGGAGAUAGCCAAUUGAAGGGAGUGUCUACAUUCAUGGCUGAGAUGCUCGAGACGGCAUCUAUUCUCAGGUCGGCCUCUAAAAACUCUCUGAUUAUAAUUGAUGAAUUGGGGAGAGGAACAUCCACAUAUGAUGGCUUUGGACUUGCAUGGGCAAUAUCGGAAUAUAUCUCCACUAAAAUAGGGGCAUUCUGUAUGUUUGCCACGCACUUCCAUGAAUUAACUGCCCUGGCAGACCAAGUUCCAACCGUCAAUAACUUGCACGUCACAGCUCUUACAACAGAUGAAACCCUUACCAUGCUGUACCGCAUUAAGGAAGGUGUCUGCGACCAGAGCUUUGGAAUACAUGUGGCAGAGCUUGCAAACUUUCCUAAGCAUGUCAUUGAAAACGCCAAAGCGAAGGCGUUGGAAUUAGAGGAAUUUCAGUAUAUUGGAUAUUCAGACGAAGGCGGCGAGCCCUGCAACAAGAGACGGUGCACCGAAAAGGAGGAAGGUGAAAAAAUAAUUCAAGAUUUUCUUUCCAAAGUGAAAGCGUUGCCGCUUACGGACAUGUCCAAAGAAGAGCUGAAGUCCACCCUGAAACGGUUUAAGGCCGACAUCGUAUCGAAGAAUAAUAGUUUUGUCAAUGAGGUUAUUUCUCGAACGAAGGCAGCGAGCAGAGUUUAAGUGAAAGCUGGGCUUGGAAGAAUGAGCUCGAUUUUCUUAUUGUUUGUCCCUUUGUUUUCCUGUAGAAUAUAUUAAAAUAUACCCUCCACCAGCA